AUGGGCAUUUCUUGGGGUUACCUAAUUCGGAGGAGCACGAUAGACCCUUGCCAAAAUUUGGUGAAUGGGAUGUCAAUGAUCCAGCUUCAGCUGAGGCUUGUUUUCGGAAGUCAUAAAGUUGGAAUUGCAUUUCCACUUUUGCAGCUUAAAUCUGACUUUCAAUUUGUUAAUUUGUGGUUAGAUUUAGAAUUCAAAGUGAAGUUAAAUGGAAAUGCAGAUGUGGAAGGAGGGAUAGAAAAGGGAGGUGAUGGCGUAUCUGGAAACGUGAACAAUGAUCUGAGUGGCAAGAACGACACGCUGAGCUUAUCCUUUCCAAAGUCAAGGACCAAGUGA